CAGGUGGUGAACUUCUUUAUCACAACCAUACAGUGUCUUCGACCGAUUCCUCCACCUGUUAAGAGUGCAAAGGAUAUUCUUCUUUUUUUCAAACUUUAUGACCCUUUGAAAGAGGAGCUCAGUUAUGUUGGGCGAUUGUAUGUCGAGGUCAGUGGAAAUUUUGUCCAAGAUUAAUGGGUUGGCUGGAUUUGCUCCCAAUGAAGAUAUUGAACUCUUUGAGUGAAUUUCCGACACUAAUAUUCACUCUUUCACAUGGAAAAGGACAGUAUUGUAAACUCAGACAGGAAAAGACAGAAAGGAGGGCAAAUAGAAAUAAAAUAUGAACCACCGUUCAUAUGUGAAGUUGUGAACAAGAUGGUCACAUUUCGUGGUUGUCAGCUUGAAGAUGGCGACAUCAUUUGCUUUCAGAAAUCAUCUCAAGCUGAAUGUUUUGGACAAUGUGGGCAUCCUGAUGCUCCUUCUUUUCUGGAUUAUGUGAAUUGUCAUCAGAUCGAACUGGAGCAUCACAGAAAACGCAGGCGCCUUAUUAGCUCUGAGCCAGAACCGACUGAAAGGAGCCGAAGCACCAUUUCUGACGGUUCGACCACACAGACUCACUCUGCCAAUGCUCCAGCUGGCAAAAUCAGAUUUUUGGCAUACUGGGUUUCUUCCGAGGCGUCCCUUUUACUCGAAAGGAUCCUCAACAUUCACAAGGACACUUUCACUAAAUUCUCAAUUUUUGGUCAAAAUUUGCAGACUUUACUACUUGAGUCGUUUGCCUUGUUCAUUGAAUCCAUGUCUACCACUAAGGUCAAUGAAGUGCAAGAGGAUGUACUGAGGCAGGCCACCCUUGCGAUCAAGGACUUUGAGCAUGUUGGGUUGGAGUUGUCGUGGUUGAAGAAGAGGUUGGAGGAAGCAAAGAAGGCUAAUAAACGCGCGGAAUCUCUUAUCGACAUGGAUUUGUGCGAAACUGCUCUGAAGGUGGGUAGAGCUAAGGUUCGUGAACUCGAAGAAGGGUUAGUCAAGGCCAAGGCAAAACUGGAGAAUUGGUCGACGGACUUGCCAAAUUCACUAGCAGCAAAUGAUUAUCUACUUAGGGACGUUGUAUAAAAAUGGAAACGUUUUCAUGACGGUAUCGUUUAUGUCUUUAGUGUCCUAAACUUACAACUCCGUUUACCGCACGACUCUUUGGGCGUCUAAGAUAGGUUGGCAAUCUUUUGUCACAUCUUUCGUGUAAUUAACUGGAUUCUGCAUCAGGGUAAGGCUGAGUUUCUUUA